CAUUGUACUGUGCAAUUUAGUUCAUAUUAUAACGUUGAUCUAUAAACAACAGUCUUUUGAUUCGACAUAAAAUAAUUGAACCUGAGAAACCGAUAUUCCUUAAACAUUUGGGGGCUCAACCGGGAUGUCGGUUGCUCAACCGUUUGUUUAUUUAAUUCGCGUUGUAGUUGUGAGAGAAAUCGGCUGUUUUUUUAUCAAAUUAUCGGUCGAUGAAAGUUUAUGUUCCGACAAGUGCGAACAAUCGCGUUCUAAGACAAUAGACAUUUUUGUGAAUCAUUCAAAUUUGUAUGUUUGUGAAAAGAAUCAAAUGGUUCUAGUUGUUUCAUCGAAAAGAUACGAUUUAAAGAGUCAAGUGUUCAGCGAGUUGGAAGUUUUACGAUUUGUGCCCAUUCUCUCAAUGUUCAUUUGUGAGAAAAACGUGGAUGGAAACAAAAGGUCGCUGGUUAACAAAAGAUCCACGUUGUCUCAAAUACACGCUUCGAAAAUAAUCAUCGAAUUGCAGUUUCAUGUAGUGGCUCAUGGAUUGGCUUCGUGCUCUACUGUCUUUCAGUGUUCAAUAAUGACAGAGAAGCUGAUUUUCGACUACAAAUUGGUGCAUUCGAGUAUCACUAUGCAAUUAGUGUAUGCCAGUACAGCUUGGUUGACGUCACCAUUUCUUUGUUUCAAAGUUAUCGUGUGCAAUAAUCGUCUACCAAAGACAAUCAAUGGAGUAGAGCAGUGGUCAUUUUAUGGUUUCAAUUUUGGUCAACUGCAAUCCGUACAGCGAAAACCGGAAUUUACAAUUUUGACUUUAUGUGUUUCAAUAGUCAAACAUCAUCGAGUAUUCCACAUUUCAAUCGUUUGUUCGAUUAAAGUUUCAUUUCGAGCAUUGGUUUCGGCGUCUCAUAACGGAUCAAGCAAUCAUUCCAGUUCGUCUUUAAGCGUGUCAAAGGCCGAACGAGUCGGAAGUUGCAAGGCUGACAGAUCAGCUGGAUUUAUUCAUCUUGCAGUAAUUGUUCCAACUGCCGUUUCUUCGUAUUAUUGUGGUCAAUUGCAGACAGUCAAUGGAGUAUCAAUGUGUGAACAAUUAGCGGAAUGUUUCUCGACUUGUUUAUGGAACAUGAGUAGUCUUCAACAUCGUUCGCUGGAGAAUGAAGCGCUCCAUGGUAUCCGAAAACGAUUAUCCAAGAGAUUCAUCAGUCGUCGGGCAAAACCUGCCAUUAUGUACAACAAAAAUGCUGCGAAUUUUGUGGACUGGAGCUUUCUAAGGCACAGCAGAGCGCACUGAGAGAACUCAAUCCUACAACAGCUUUUUUGUCAAAUCGAGUGCGCAUUUAUUUCGAGACCAAUGUGCAGCCUGACCGAUGAGGAUUUGAAUUUGAGUUUAUUUUUGAGUAAAUUUUUCCGUUUCAUUCAUUUUAUCUUCCGAGCCAAUUUCAUUUCAUUUUGAAUUUUUUGUGUUAGUUUUAUUUGAAGACGAUUUAUAAUGUCUUGGCCGGGAGUAUGUUCAGACCAAUCUGAACUUUUGUUUAUCUUAAUAGUUGGCACAGUCAAUUAAGUUUCUAAAUUAUGUAAUGUCAAGCAUUGUACUGUGCAAUUUAGUUCAUAUUAUAACGUUGAUCUAUAAACAACAGUCUUUUGAUUCGACAUAAAAUAAUUGAACCUGAGAAACCGAUAUUCCU